GUUCCCCUAUCGAUGCGCGAGGGAGGCCGGGUAGCCUCGCCGUCUGCUCGUCGUUCGCCAGCCACCCAUCUCGGCGGUCCGACCGCAUGACGCCACUAAAGCACAUCACACGCGACGACCUCCCGACCGUCAAUCUAGACCAAGUGCGGCAGGUCCGAACGUGGGAGUAUGUCUGCACUGCGUUCACGGCGCCGCGAGACCAAGCGGACAUGAUGUCACUCGAUAUCCUCGACACGAUCUUUGUCAACGGCGGCGAGAUCACGGCGUGGUAUUUCACCACCAAGGACGGCUUCGUCGCUCGCAAGAUGCCCAAGAACACGACGCCCCACGCUAUUUUUCAAACCUUCACGCGUAUCAGUCUCGCGUACGAGAAGAAUCACGCGCAGUACGUGGCCGUGGUGUGGCGCGAUCAAAGCUCCGACUGCGAGUUGAUUUCGGCGGGAGAACUGUCGGGAAUGCUGGAGAAGCUGCCGCGAGGGCCCACGUGCAUACACGCAUUUGUCACCCCCAAGGGCGAACUCCACGCCGGGCGGUUUGCCAACUACGAGAACGACUUUCGCGUCAACAAGAACGGAAAAGCGCAAACGAAGUCGUUCCGCAUUGCGUUGGGAGCACAACGAAUCGCUUGCAUGGACACCCAGCUGACGAGAGCCAUGGAUUUCAUGACGUCCAACGUGAUUUCGCAAGUGGAAAAAGCACGCAAGUGCAAAGUGAUUCGAUGUGUUGCCCACUAUGUUGUCGACGACUACGGCACGCUGUUUCUUGUCCGAACGGAAGAGUUUGAAACAACACCCCUGCACGUGGCCAAGGCCAGAAAAGACACAACGCAGGGCAGCGUUGGGCUUCAAAGCACGAUCGGGCCGACAGCCACAUCGCAACGCAUGCUGGCCCGCGCCAAACUAGAGGAGCUCACGGCACCGGACGACCGGGCUGUCGAGGCCAUCAUGGCCCAACAUACCAAAUCCAAGCCAAACCCCCGCGGAUUGAGCUCGCUGUUGCCGCCAUCGACCAUCCCCCCGUCCACGACAACUUCCGGGGGUGGACCGUCCAAGAUGGAACGCCGCGCGUUGUCAGCCGCGUACUUGGGUUCGAGUCAAAAGGCAGGGUGCUGUGGCGACUACUGUUCGACUGUGAUCGAUCCGAGUGGCCACGAAAAAGAGCAUCGGCAGAGCAUACUGGGAUUUCCACUCGGGUCGGGAACCCUAUCGUCGAAAGCUCAAAAGUACGAACACCGCCUCGGGUCGCCCGUAAAGCAUGACGACGACAACAAUAACCCGUUGUCCGGCAAGCACGCCGACAAGCCUGUAGCUGCAAAGCCAACCCAUCGCAUUCCGUUCAAAUGCAUCGCGCAAACUCGAGCGGAGAAGGACCUGGUCGCACUGUUUGUCCGGCGCUAUAUAAGUGGAGAAACGUGCGACUACUUGGCCCAGGAAUACUUUGGCGACGGUGAAGUGCUCGGGGAGUCGUUCCCAGGCUACUAUUACCAAGACUGCGACGUGUGCGCCAACUGCUUUGCGUUUUACACGCUCAUCGACAAAGCCCGCGCGAGAGCCCUUAAGAAACUCGAGGCAAAGAAGGCGACCAAAGGAAAGCACGGGGCGAAGGAGAUUGCACUCGACGGUGUCGUGGUAAGGGCGGCCGACGGCGCAUCGACCACAAGGAAGGGACUUGCGCCUUUGAACGGCGACGACCCGGGCAACCUCCUUCCGUGGGAGGUGGCGUGGAAACGAGCCCAGGCCGUGUUGAGUACCAUCACCAAAGUCGACGUGGCCGAGCUGCGCAGCUUUCUCCAUCCACCGCCGGCUGUCGCGAUGGUCACAAAUGUGCUCAUGAUUCUGCUUCUCGGCGACAAGAUGAAGGCAUCGUGUCGGGAAAAUACCGACGCGGCAGUCCACACGCAGUGGAACAAAGCCAAGAAGGAACUGUCCCAGGUCGACAACAUUCUGUCGCUGCUGACCCAAGUCGACUUGCAUGCGCUCUCGUCAUGGCAAAUCGACAAGGCGCGGACUUACAUGACCAACGAUUUGUACAAGAGCGACGUCAUCCGACCGAUUUGGACGUGCGCUGCCAAGUUUUGCGACUGGACGCGCGCUGUGGUUGACGCGUACUCGCUCAAAGCCCAGGAGGCUGCGACCGAGCCGCCCACGUUUCCCGACCGGGCGGCGCUGUCGACCGACCCCGACCUUCCGAAAACACACCAGCCGAACGUUGUCAAGUCUGUCGUCCAAGCCAAGCAAAUGGCUCGGUUGUGCGGUCCAAAGCACGCGGACGGCGGCUCGCUGCUUCAGCACACAUUUUGUUGCAAAGACGGCGUAACGAGCAUCCCGUACGAGGUUGUGGGAAUGGUCGAUAGCGCCAUGACCAACGCCAACUUGAUCGUGUGCCACGACUUUUUUGACACACUCGACGCGACCAAAGUGUUUUGUCGGUCCGUGAUCAAAAACCAUCCGGGGUGCCAGAUCCUGUUGUUCAAUUCCCCUGGUCAGGCCGGCACGCAGUACCCCGUGGAGGGGCCACUGCAGGUGCUGAACAACUUGUUUGCGUCGCAGUGUGUGUACGAGCUCUUGGCCCACUUGCAUGCGUCGUCCAAGUUUCUCACGUCCGUGCCAUUUCACUUGGUCGGGUUUGGCAAUGGCGGCAACCUCGCCACUUGUUUGGCGAUUCAGUACGCGCAAACGUGGCCGGCUCUGGCGUCGAUCGUCGUCGUCAACUCGUUUGCCAAGAUCGACGCGCAACUCGCUGGAGUCCUCCACGGCGCCGUCAACUUGUUCUCGUGCUUCCCGCCCAACCGCCCCGACCUGCCACUGACGUACUGGAGCAAGUUUUUGUUUUCCGACGCGUACUUGACCCGCGUCGAUCCGAACAUGGCGCUGAGCAUCUACACCGCCGUCACGAACGCGAUCUCGCUCGAAGGCCGCAUUCGAAUCUGCCAAGGCGCGCUGCACCACGUCGACCUGGCGUCGCAGCUGCGGGGGAUCGCUGUCCCUCUUGUCGUCGUUCAGUCGGUCGACAACGCCCUUGUCGCGCCGACCAAUGUUGACCCGUUCUUGGAAGGUCGCGCAUGUGCUCACAUUUGGUCUCACCAACACAGCAAGAAAGGAGACUUGAAUGCGAAAGCCAAACAACUCCUCACUCAAACGCUCAACACGGCGGAAAAAGGCGCGUUCGUUGCGUGGCUCCGAGCGGGCCACGAAGUUCGACAAGAGUCCAAAACGUUUGUGUGUGACUUGCUCGAGUUUUUGGUCGCAUGGCCGUCCUGUUCGCUGAACGAGAAAGCGCCAAAAGUUGCGACGGAAGCGCCGCCGGUCGCUUUCAAUCGUGAUGACGACAACCUGACGCUCUCGCCAUCAGCUGCUACAGCGUCCAAGCCACAGCAGCGGCACGUUGUUCCGGAGCACAUGGUCCCUUCGCUGGCAGGGCCACGAUCGAUGCUUGACGGUGCUUCAAACGUCGUCCAGCCAAAGCCAGUGGCGGACAAGCCGCGAGCACCUCUCUUUCAGCAAGAGAGCAGCAGUAGUGUGAAGGUGCCAUCAUCCAUCCAAACAAUUGCACCUACCUCUUCCGUGGUCGCCACGGCGCUCGAUCACCACACAGACCGCGACGUCGAGAUGGAGCGGGCGCGCGCGAAGCUGCGAGAACAAGUGGCCGCAGCUGAAGCACUCGCGAUGGAAAAACAAUUGGCAGAGAAGCGGGAAGUCGAAAACAGGCUGUCGACUCUUCGACGUGAACAAGAGCUCCGGCGGAAGCAGUGGGAGGACGAGGAUAAUGAGCGGCUGCGCUUGCUCGAGCUGGAAUUCCUUGGCCACAAAGCCGUUCGUGCGCAGGAACAACAAUUACUGAGCGACGCGUGUUGGCAGAGCGAUGUCCAGGUCGAGAUGGAGAAGCACGCGUUGGAAGAGACACUCGGAAUGGCAUCGCAGAACCCGUUCACCAACAGUACUGCGCCAGCCAAGGAUGACGACAUCGGCAGCGCCACGGCAUUUGAGGAGCUGCUGGCGCUGUCUAGUGUCGACGAUAUUGUGGUCGAAAACCUCGUGGGACCGCCAAGACUCACGCAAAUCACGAGCAUGUUUGAAGAACUGGAAGCUGAGGAACAGCGGAAGCGGAAGGUCGGCGUGCUGAAAGUGGAAGAGUUCGAGCAAGUCAAGAAACAACUCGCGCUCGCCCAAGCCGAACGCGACAAAGCGGCCAAACUCGCGCAGGUGGAAGCCCAAAAGAAGCUACAGGACGACAUGGUGGUCGUGAUCCAAUGCGCUGUGCGGCGUCAUUUGGCCCAGCGCGAGCUCGACAAACGCCGCAAAGCCUUUCAAUUUGACCUGAAGCGAGAGCGCGACGGCGCAACGAUCGUUCGCGUCGCGCGGGGGGCCAUCGCGCGGAUCCGCACACGAAAGGUCAAGGCAGCCAAACUUCUCCGCAUCGAGUACAACGAAUCGACCGUGACGAUUCAGCGAUGCUACAAGGGAUUCAAAGCGCGCCGAGCGUACCGGCAAACCCGUCGCAAGAAGAACGCUCUGUUCAUCCAACGAGUGUACCGGGGUUACCGAGGUCGCAUGCGCGUGCGGGACAUCCGAGCGUCGUACGCACACUUGCAAGUGCUGCAUGCCAACGCGACUAAGGUUCAAGCCACGUACAAGAUGCAUCGGGAAAAGGACAAGUAUUUGGGGGCGCGCGUGCGGACGUUGGCGGCGAACGAGAUCCAGCGAGUUGUCCGGGGGCAUCUCGCCCGGACAAAGGUGUCCAAGAUGAAGGAGUGGGAACGGGCCGAGCCUGGUCCGGAAAAGUUGUCGCUCGGGCUCCAGCGCAUCGAAGAAUCCAAGGCCGAAUUCGAGCGGCAGCAGCAAGAGAUCGACGCGUUGCAUCGGGCUCAAGAGCAAGCGGAGCUCAAGGUGUCUGAAAUUCACUCGAGCCUGACGGAAUCCCAGAAGGAGCUCGCUGUCUUGGAACGGGAGCUGCUCGAGAUCGACCAGAUCGAGACGGACCUGCACGAACUCACGCACGAAGCCGAGAUGCUUCGGACUAGAGGCGUCGACAACACAGUGCCUCUCGGGAACGGCAUCGCGUUGAACCAACCGAACGAAACGGGCGGGUUCGAGACGAAAGAGGAAGCGCGGAAGCGCCAAGCGGAAGCGUACGCGAUCGAGAUGGCGAUCCACAUCAAACGCACCGAGCGGGAAAAGAAAAAGAAGGAACUCGAGGCCGAGUUCACAAGUGUCUUCAACGACGUACAGGCCAAGAAACAUGCGCUCGAGGAGAUGGAGAGCAAGUUGAGCGACAUGGAGGCGGCGCGCAUGCGCAAGGACCGCGAGUUUACUCGACUGCAGAGAAAUUUGAUGGAGUUGCUGGAAGAGCAAAAGUACGAGCUCGACAUGAUUCGGGAAAAAGGCAUCGAGCUCGAGACAGCGACUGCGACGUCUGCCGCCGCCGCCGCCGCCACCGCGAUGAAGGCCAAGGAGCAUGAAAAGAAAUCCCAGGCGAUCUUCGAGUCGACGGAAGAGCUGAUGAAGUUCCAGUUCAUGUCCAUGUCGCUUUCGUAUUUCAGUUCGCUGAACAUGCUCAAAAGUCUUCGCGACAUCAACGCCGACACGACGGCCGCGGCCGUGUCCAGCACGGCAGAAACCGCCGCGACGGCUGCAGCGGCCGCCGCAGCUGCCAACAUCCCCACGAUGAAGCGCCUUCAAGUCGGCAGUGCUGAAUUGCUCGAUGCUGCGUCCAAGAAGAAGAAAGCCGAGCUCGAGGAGAAGAAGCAGCGUGAGCACGAAGCGCACGAAGCGCUCAAGCAACCCUUUCCAAACGCCAUGCGGGACUGGUCCAUCGACGACGUCCUGCGGUGGCUGGACGUGCUGUCGCUGUCGCAGUACAAGCAAGCGUUCAAGGAAGGCGCAGUGGAUGGCGCGCUGCUGCUCGAGCUACGACCGGAGGAUUUGUCCGACAUCCUCGGCGUUACGCACAAGGCGCACAUCCUCAAGUUGUUGGUGUCCCGGAAAAAGUACUUGCCGUUGACCGCGCACGAACAGAUGAAAGUGAGCGCCGUCGAGCGCGAAGACGCUUCUGACAACUCGAGGAAGGGGGUGCCAGACAUGGACACAGCGUUCAGCCAGGCACGGAAUGGCCGGCUCAAGCGCUUGAUCGAGAGCGUCGAGGCCGGGUUCGACGUCCACACAGAGGACGAUAAAGGAAACACUCUUCUGCUCAUUGCCGCCCAGAACGUGAACCACAAAAUGGUCGAGUUUUUGAUCGUGAAAGGGUCGAAUGUAAACCACAAGAACGCUCAAGGAAACACUGCGCUGCACUUCGCCAUGGCGUACGACAAGGAAGGCGUGCUUGGAGAGUAUUUAAUCGGCCAUGGCGCUGACGACACGAUCGAAAACAUGUUUGGCCUCUCGCCGUACGACGGCAUCUCCGCCGAUGGAUAACGUAACAUGGACAUCCCAUCGUCGUGGGGCGUGUGUGUUGGU